AUGCCAUCGUUGAAGCAUCUCCGCAAACUGAGCAUUGUAAGUUUGCGGCUCGGAGUUGCCGGAGCAGAGGCACUUUCCAAAGGCAUUUCGAGGUUGUCAUUGCUGGAAGAAUUGGAUUUGUCAGACAAUCAGAUUGCUGAUGGUAUCGUGUUUAUCACGGCGUCUCUUUUUUCCGCGAAGCUCUACGGAAUCAAGUCGUUGACUCUUUCAGAUAACAAUUUGGGUUGCUACGAAAUGUCUAUGAUUCGAUUAUUGUUGUCGGAAAUUACAGCUUCACUUACGGCUUUAGAUCUUUCUUCCAAUUACCUCCUCGAUCGAGAUUGCUUCGAGACUCUGUCGAGUUGCUUUCUGAAGAAGAGCGAUCAUUGUUCACAACCUGUCACAAUCAUCGCAACAGCACUUCAAAGGCUGAACGUCUCACAUCAGAGAAGUGAUAGCGACUAUAAUAGCACGUCUGAGCCACUUGAAACUUUCCCGCUCAGCCACUUUCAUCCUCUCUGUUGCGAUGGGAACCUGUCCUCUUUAUCGCUGCAUGGGUGGAAUCUGGAUGACAUCGCGUUGUUGGGAUUGAGAUGUGCAAGAUCGUCAGGAGGUUCUGUGGGUGGAGAUCAAUCUGGAGCAGCUCGAGGGGUGUAUGAAGAUUUGGAUAUCCACUUGGUUGAGACUUCAGUGAACGAGCAGGGGACUUUGACAAGGUCGGUCGUAUGCUCAGCCAGGAAAUGCGUGUUUCUUCCUGGUCUCGCUGUUGCUCUCCUGAGGCCACAAAGUUGUCCUCUACUCACACUUCAUCUCAAUGGGAUCCAGCUGGGAGCGGCAGGAUACGCGAUGCUGCUCAAGAGCCUCGAAGAAGAAGAGCGAUUGUGUGUUCAACACUCCGAUGUAGACACAGGAAGAUGCUCGUCGUCGUCAUCAACCUCUCCCUCAUCUUCUUGCACGGCUGUUGGAUACUCUUUGAAGGAGCUCAACUUGAGCAAUACUUGUAUCGACAAGAGGUGCGCUAAAGUGGUCGCAGAAAUCAUCCAGAGGUUCUCGUUUCUCGAGGAACUGAUUCUCACAGACAACAAGUUCGGGUGCGUCGGAGCCUUUGAUAUUCUGCAAGCCGCCAAGUCGCUGGAGCGAUUGGAGCUUGUAGACAUGAGAGGGAGUGUGGAAGUUGCGGUCAACGACUUCAUGUCGCAUCUUGUAUUCUACAAUGGACCAUCGUCUCUAAGAGACGCUCUGGAUCCAUGA